AGCAUCUGUCAUUUACCAAAAGUCAAAUAAAAUUGUGAAUGAUUUUUCAUUAAUUUGUGUGUUGUUUUGUUUCUACCUGCCGAUAUUACCAAUUUAAUUUACUGAAUUCUUCUCAUAUAGGAUAUAACAAUAAUUGUGUUUAUCGGAAAAUCAACAAUAAUGAACCAUGGUGAAUGUUAUGAAAGGAGUUCUCGUUGAGUGCGACCCGGCGAUGAAACAGUUCCUGCUGCACCUCGAUGAGACACUCGCACUCGGCAGGAAGUUUAUUAUCCAGGACCUGGACGAUACACACGUAUUCAUAUCUGCAGACAUAGUAGAAACACUACAAGCACGUGUUGAUGAUUUAAUGGACCAACUCAGCAUUCCCGUACAUGACAAAGGACUUUAA